AUGGAAGAGGAGAUCGUCGCCGGCUUUGAGGAUUGUGAAGGACUGGAAUUGGAAGAGUCUUUCUGUAGCGUAUCGAUCGAAUGGAACGAUUUCAGACCACAGAGCGGAGUUGUGCCAGAAUUCUCCGUUGCAUCAUGCUUUGCAGAAAACGUCGGAGAUAUUUUGAUGAGGGGGGAAACUCAGAGAAUUGGGCAAGCCACCGUCAUUCUUUGA